AUGGGAGUCCCCGCCCUCUUCAAGUGGCUCAACAACAAGUAUCCAAGAAUCAUUUCCUCUGUAAUCGAAGACGAUGCUAUUGAUGAGAACGGGUCUUCAGCAGAUGGUGGCAAAUUGCCCGAUCUUUUGCAUCCAAAUCCAAAUGGCUUCGAGGUUGACAACCUCUAUUUGGACAUGAAUGGCAUUAUCCAUCCAUGCUGCCAUCCUGAGGAUGAAGACGCCCCUGCAGACGAAGAGGCCAUGUUUAACGCGAUAUUUGCAUAUAUUGAGCGCCUAUUUGCCAUGGCUCGACCGCGCCACUUGCUUUAUAUGGCCGUCGAUGGAGUGGCACCUCGUGCCAAAAUGAACCAGCAACGGUCACGCCGCUUCAGAGCUGCUCAGGAAGCCCAAGAACAAUUGGAGGCUAGCAAAAUAUUCCGAAACGCGCUUCGUAGCAACGGAGCCGAAGUAAUCCCAGAGCCAGAUGCCGAUAAGGGUGAUGGGCUACCUACACCGGGAAGCUUCGACUCCAACUGCAUCACGCCUGGAACAGCUUUUAUGGCAAACCUUAGCACGGCUCUUCGCCGCUUUAUCACAGAGAAAAUCUCUACGCAAAGCAGCUGGUCUUGUAUCCAGAUUAUCCUCUCAGACGCCUCCGUGCCUGGUGAGGGCGAACACAAGAUCAUGGAUUUCAUUCGCCAACAGCAGGCAGCACCGGGGUAUCCUCCAAGUAUGACUCAUGCCAUGUAUGGCCUUGAUGCUGAUCUCAUCAUGCUAGCCCUUGCUACGCACGAGCCCAACUUUUUUGUGUUGCGCGAAGAUGUCUUUGGCGAGCAGUCAGACAAGCGUCGCAACAACAAUUGCUACAGAUGCGGGGCCGCGGGACAUCAUGCAUCUGGAUGUACCUCUGCAGAGAUUUCACUCAAACGGAUGCGCACAACUUCUCCCCAUCAGCGAAAACCAUUUAUAUGGUUGAGCGUUGCCAUUUUACGCGAGUACUUGCAUUACGAGUUCACGUGGAAACGAUCUCCCAGAGUUGGGGAUUUCAAUUUUGAAGCUCUUAUAGAUGACUGGAUCUUUCUGAUUUUCUUUGUCGGCAAUGACUUUCUACCACAUUUGCCUUCUCUCUCAAUCCACGAAGGAGCCAUCGAUCUUCUACUUGAUCUCUAUAAACAGACCAUUCUUCCGGCAUCGAUGUCCAGCUCUCUGCAAAAACCAGUACCAACUUCCAGUCGUGGCCUUUUAGAGGAUGACUCAAGCAUUAUGCUGACACAUCGUGGGGAAGUCAAUGUUGCCAGAGUAAUUGAACUGCUAGCCCAUCUUGGAAAAUUAGAAGAUAAGAUUUUUGCUCUUAGAAAGGCACGUUAUGAAAGGUUUGAGUCUCCCAAAAAGACGGAUAGCUCGCUCCACAAUGCCACUAGCACUGGAGGAUCGGUAACAGACAAAAAUCUCGCUACCCCAGAAGUGGGGCUAACUUCCCCAAAUCCGGUUGUCACUCGUCGGUCCAGAAUUGCUGGUUCCGUCUCUUUAGAGCCUACGGCACUCAAAGCGCAAUUCUUUGAUCCAAACAAACCUGUUGCAGCUCCUCAAAAGAGAAAGAAUUUCGACGAUAAUAACAUGUCCAAUCCUGAGCCCACUCUAGAAGACAAAUCCAAGAUCCCAAAUUCCGAACAUGCAGCAAUAGAUGUCGGUCCUCUUCAACACCCCACAUGUGAACCGUUAAACCCGGAUGCCGCGCAGAAAGCCCCAGAUGAGAUUCACCUUUGGGAGGCAGGCGCCAAAGAAAAAUAUUACUUUGACAAACUCGGGUUUGCUCCAGAAGACACAGAGUCUAGAGCUGCCAUGGUACGCGCCUAUGUUGAGGGUCUGGCCUGGGUAAUGGCAUACUAUUAUAAGGGGUGUGUUUCAUGGACCUGGUUCUACCCUUUCCACUAUGCUCCUUUUGCCUCGGACUUUCAUCUGUUGGCGCGAGACAACGCUUCUAUCUCUUUUGCGAAAGGUUCUCCAUUUCGCCCUUUUGAGCAGCUACUUGGUGUGCUUCCAGAGGCCAGCUCAUCACUGCUGCCCUUAUCUUUUGCCAAGUUGAUGAGAAAUGUUGAUUCACCGAUAAUUGACUUUUACCCGACGACGUUCAAAAUUGACUUGAAUGGGAAAAAGCACAGCUGGAAAGGUGUAGCUUUGCUCCCAUUUAUCGACCAAAGCAGGCUUCUCACCGCAGCAUGUUCCAUUUCGGAAAAUAUGCUUUCUGAAGAAGAACAAAAGCGCAACCGUUUCGGCACCGAUCUCUACUUUGUAGGUGGGAAGAGCCAGACUCAUGAAUAUAUCCGCCAAAACUUUGAAUCGGCCAUGUCACUUUCGUUGAUGUUGAAUCCUCAAGGCGUUGAGGGCAAGAUAUCGACGACUGGCGUUGAGGGCAAGAUAUCGACGACUGGCGUUGAGGGCAAGAUAUCGACGACUGGCGUUGUGCACGACGACAAGGCCUCAGUAGCCCUAGUCCCUCAUGAAUUCAUCUUCGAAAACCCAUAUCCAGAGCGGCCCCUCUCAUUUGCCCCUGCACUUCUUCCUGGGGCAGCUAUUCCUCCACGCACGAUAUCGAUUGAUGAUUUCCGUCGAGCCAAGUUUUCGCGGCAAACUCUUCGAUCCACAUAUCCAGCCUCGCUAUUGCACCAUCACCACCACCAUUCGAUGCAUCGAGAGUAUGACGAAAAAUUGGAAGCAAACAAUGCCGCCGCUGUCUCGAAUAUCAAAGGCUUCAAUGCAGAAAGCUGGCAGCAGACACACGGCCUGCCCCAAGUUCAUCCCCAGUCUCAAGCAUAUCCACAGUACCAGUACGAUCCGCAACGGCCCUCCUAUCAACAGCAUGCCUAUCAUCAGCAGGCCUAUCAUCAGCAAUAUGGCAGUCAUAAUUCCGGGCCUAGAGAUGCCCGUUUUCAAAACCGCUCGCAUCAUCGCGAUCAGCCACCUUCACAGGCCUAUCAUAGCCGAGAUUCACCGCAGCAGUAUGCCAAUGCCAAUAGCGGGGCCUACCCGUCAUAUGGGGCCCAUCAUUCCCAGUCAAUACCAGCUCAACGGCCUUGUGAGUAUCCCAUGUUUCCUCCUCAAAAUCGGUAUGCUCCAGCAGAUCAAGAUUCCCAUCUAUAUGGUGAACGCUAUUCCUAUCCGCAAUAUCCAUCGCCCCAUGGCCAAAUCAAUCCAUAUGUGCAGUACCUUAGUAACAUGGCGAGUGGUCCCGCAGCGCCAGCAACUCAUAUCCCCUAUCCAGAUUAUGGAGCUACCCGGCAGAACCAUGGCCAUGGCAAGGAGAGGAAAAUUAAAGUGAUCCCAGUAAUUUCUAUCUUGCAAAAGGAAAUUAUUUUUUUAUGUUUAAGAGCAAUUUCUUAUGUGAGUGCUCCGGGUGUACCAGGAAGCACUUGGCUUGAGGCUUCUCUGCCGUUGUCGAAGUUGAGACAGGAGUGGAGAUGGACACGUACGGCUCACAUGAGGGGACAGUUACCGUUGAUAGGCGGUUUUUCAUGCAAGUUAUCGUACCAUGGUGGUGGGGAUGCGCACAGAGACCGUGUCCAAUUGGCUGGAGAUUUUGGUAAACAUACGCGUGCAUAUGCUGUUCAGAGUCACCGUGUCUGCGCCUCUGGAGCUUGUCACCACAGAAACGACCGUUCUGCAUGUUUCCUUUGUUUUUGUGACAACGAGAGGUGGGAGCUGUAUCGACGACACUACCGGGGUUGCGACGGUCAUGUAGCUGACAGAAAAAUUGGUAAAUGUCGAAACAGAUGUCUCCGUAACGGUCGUGACGCUGGUGCUGAUAUCCUGAGCGGUUGUCGUUGGCAAGAUGGAGGGUCGCGAUAA